CCUGCGGAAAUUAUAAAGUCGGAAUCGGAGAGGACGAUCCGGGUCUUUUUUCGGGAGUACACAUUGCAAUUCACGAAAUAGGACACUUGUUAUCAUCAUAUCAUGAUGGCGAAGGAACCUCAAUAAACUGCUCGGCGUCACAGGGAUACGUAAUGAACCCGUACAACAGCGGAAGGAACCUUUUCACUUUCUCCAAUUGCAGCAAGGCAGCCAUAGCCGCUUUCUUGAGGUUAAACGCAUCCUCUUGCUUAUUGAACCACAACCAACGGCGCCAUCUUGCCCUCUUGCCCAACGACACUAUGACGCUGCCCGGUCAAGUAAUAAGUGGCGACCUGUACUGCAAGCGGACCUUUGCACACCCUAACGUCACCUACAUCAAGUGGGAUUCGGAUCUCAAGCAAUGCAAGUUUCGCUGCAGGUUGUAUAUGAAGCCAGACGGAAAACCUAAAUAUGCCAUCAGAUAUGCAUACGAUGGAACUCCGUGUAACAGGUCUCGACCGGAGAUGAAGUGCAAGAAUACCAAGUGUGUUUAAAAGUAGUUGCCUAUAAGGUCUGCUCACAGCGCGAACCAAAUAUCUUCCUCUUUCGCCUAAUGGCCCAAAAGUGCUCAUAUACUCACGAAAGCCCACCGGAAUUGCAAGCGUCGGACUCUUACUCUCGAAUGUUGCACUUCCUGGGGAUCAAACAAUGAAAUACUGACAGCACAGGAAUGUGCAUUUACUACAGCCGCGUUUCUUUAACAAAC